AUGGACGACAACGCGAACAUGGACACCACAGGCUUUCAGUUCCAGGCAAACUCAACAUCGAAAUGGGAUAACGAACUCAAGUUUGCUGCCGCCGGUUCCGUCCGUACUUCGAUCAUCGUUCUGGCUGUUUUCAACUUGGUCGUGGCAUUUACCGUCGCUCUCGUCAUACUCUUGAGAUCAUGGAGGGCAUUGAAGAGAAGUGAAUCAUGGGAUUUCAAAUCAUCUUGGUUCCGCAUCGUCAGGGGACGAGAUGUCUACCCUUUUGCACUCUCUUUGGGCAUCGUAGCUCAAGGAAUUGUCUAUGCAACUGCUCAAGCAAAGGGACUCGAGUCACUCAUGAUCCUCGACUGUGCCAUGAUCUCGCAAAUGAUGCUACCAGCAUUCUUCAUUGCUCCCUUCAUUCAGCUGAUCUUUGGACUGGAAUUGACCCUCCGCGUUACAAAGCCGAGUGUAUUCCCCUUUCGGGGGCGAUUUAAUACUCCGGCCUGUCUCAUAUUCACCGUUAUUCUUUUGCUCGUAGUAUUCUCCAUCACAUUUGCCGUUCGCCCAUCGGAAUUUUGCUUUGCCGGCCUAGUCUCUUUCCUUCAUCGAUACGACACCGGCAUCUUCGGAACUUUGCUUACCAUUAUCGUCCUCGUCUUGGUCGAGUGCGGCAUCAUCUGCUUCAAACUUCAUACUGGAGCUAGGAUGGUUAUUGCUGAGAGAGAUGAGGCAUCUCGCAUGGUCUACCACAUGGUUGUUGCCGUGAUCUCAUACACUCUACAAAUCACAUUUUAUUUCAACACAGCGUUCUACGAUAUAGGAGCAGCAGGCGAGACCUCAAUGCAGCUAUCUAUCAUUGGAACUGUUGUAAUGAACAUGUCCGGACUUUUGCUUGGCUGCCUGUACCUUUUCCUUCGAUCGAGCAGAGCCCCGACUGGAUACUCAGAUGACGAUAUUGAGGCGACUCAGGGAUUCAAGAAAUGGGGUGAUGACCAAGAACCCACAACUCCCAUAACCCCGAUGCAAUCACAGUCUAUCAAUAUGCCCUCACUAGCCCGCAAGGCUAGCGGUAAGGAAGAAUUGAUGAUGGACGACAGAGUGGAAGACAAAGUGUUUGGUGCACGCAAGGAUUUUCUCAAGGCUGGCUUGAAGCCCCUACGCCUGGGAAGCAUGCGCAACUCUGGCGAUCUGCCCGCAGCCCCAAAACCUGUACGAACCUCGUCAAAGGAGUCGAUCAAGAACUUCAAGCGAAGCAUGUACAGCAUCUUCCCCAAACCUGAAGCACCCAAGUCACCCAUCCUAUUACCAACAACAACCUACAAAGGUCCCGCGACCGACAAGAAUUCCACAACCAAAGCGGCGCCUGCACCUCCAUCUCUGGCCGACCUUCUUGCGCCGCCAGCUCUUCGUUUGCCCGACAGAAAACUCCGAUCUAGUGGCGCUUCAGCUCUCUCUACUGCAACAGUACAGAUCGGCCUGCGACUUUCCAACAUUGGUGAUAUGAGCACCUCCAAACCUGAGCCCAAACCUGACGCAAACCGCGUGGAAGAACUUGACUGCCCCAACAGUACAGUGAGGUUCUUUCCAAGGAAAACAAGCCCACUCGCCAUCGCUAUUGUCGACGUUCCGGGUGAAGGCGCCAGGUACCAGAUUCAAGAUAAUUUCGAAAACAAUCUCUCUGAGAAGGAACUCCCGCCCGUUCCUCUGAGUGCAGGCAUGGUCACUCCUCCAGAGACAACUCUUAGCUCAGCUGUGUAUAGCCCACAAGAGUCAACGCCUAGCCCGUCCUCGCACAAACCCAAGACGGGAUCCAUCAGCUCCAGGGCUCAUAGCCGACACGACUCAAAUGUGGGAGACUUAAGCAGGUUACAUAGCCGUCAUGGCUCAAGGACCAUACCAGAAUCAAGCAGAAUACAUAGCCGGCAGGGCUCAAGGGCUGAUCCGGAUGCGGGAAAGGGGCCUUGGAUUUGA